CCUGAUUCCAACCAUGAGGCUGUCAGGACUGUUCGUUGUGUUUUUACUCCUCUGUGUUGACAGGAGAAGCUCCGGGAUGUCUCAUCCCAAACCGUCCUGCCGUUAUCCCCCGUCGCAGUGGUGUCGAUCCCUGCAGAUAGCAAUAGAAUGUAAGGUUCAGAAACAGUGUAUGGAGCUGAACGCUAUCAGACCAAACCAGUCUGUUGUUCCAGUUUCAGUCACUCUGUACUAUGAGAGUCUGUGUCCAGCCUGCCGAGUCUUCAUCGGCCAGCAGCUCUUCCCCACCUGGACCAUGCUGCAGGACAUCAUGACCGUCACUCUGGUCCCCUACGGGAACGCUAAGGAGCUUCCGUCAGCAAACUCUCCCUUCACCUGUCAGCAUGGAGAGCCUGAAUGCAGAGGAAACAUGAUUGAGGCCUGUAUCAUCCAUUUAACGGGGCACUCAGCGUUUCAGAUCAUCUACUGCAUGGAGUCGGCUACAAAUGUCCUAAACGCUGCCCAACCUUGUCUCCAGCUGUACGCUCCCUCUGUCCCCUGGUCCAGUGUUGACUCCUGUCUGACCGGAGGUCUGGGAUACCAGCUGAUGCACACCAACGCCGCCAUGACCAGAGCGCUGAACCCCGCCCACACACACGUUCCCUGGGUCACCUUCAACGGGGAAUACACAGAGGAGAAUGAGGACAUGGCGAUGUCAUCUCUUUUCCAUCUGGUUUGCAAACUCUACAAGGGGGUGAAGCCUCCAGCUUGCACUGGGGCCCCGGUCAGACUGAACAGAGGCUUCUGCUGAGCAACUUUAGACCGUGUGCUGCCUGCAGGAAAACAACUAAUCAUAACAUGCAUACAGUAAUGUACCAAAUAACACAAUCACAAUCCUACUAACAUGUUUUCUUUUUGUGGGAGUAGUUGAUAGAAGCAAGGAUAUGAAAUCACACAAUUUCUAUGUUCCUUUUGUACUUUGAUGGGAUGAAAGUGGAAUAAAUCCAUCUUGUUUUUUUGACUGACAUUAUUCUCAUUUAAAAACCUGUUUUAUUGGGUCGAUUUAAUGAAGAAAGUAAUGACAAACACAGCCAGUCUGAUAAAUUUCCAUAUAAUUUAUUGGCAUUUUCAACUUGAAACACCCUGAACUCCCGAGACUCUUUUGGCAUAAAAGAACAAAAAUAUAGUUAUUUUCUUUGACAGAACAUUGGAGUGGCAGAUGUAUACAUACUUGUAAAGUAUACUUGAUUUUUAGGCUCCAGAACAUAAAAUUAAAAGUCCUAUGUUACAGUACUUUGUCUCGACAGACACGUUUGAAGAAUAAAUAUCUUUAUAGAAGUUUGCACAACACAGAGGCUGAGAAAACAAGACAGCAUGAACAUUAAUGGUGGCAGUAUCAGCGCAACACAAUAACAGAGUGACAGCAGGGACUCUGCUGCUCGUCAACACAUUUAACACUGUAUGGCACCGAUGUCUUCCUGUAAAGAGCCACAGCGCUGUGUUUAACAUGCCCAUGUGCCUCAGAUCACUGAGCUACAAAUGGUACAUUCAGCUGACUGCAAACUGAAAUCGGCUGCUGUCAAACAUUUCAAAUCCACAGAAAUCCCACAUGAUGAAAAUGUCAUGUUGAACAGGAAAGUGACACGUUGCAAAAUUGAGGAAUUUUAUAAUAAGAGCUUAGAGUGAUUAAUGUGUAUGUGAUUUUCUGCUCAUGGUGGCUGUUAUUGUUUGUGCAAACCACACAGGGCUUCACUGUAUUUCAUAAUCACUGGAAAUGUAAAAAGUCAUCACUUCCUGUGUCACAGGACAGCUACCACACGGUGUUUACAACAGAGUGGAUCACUGCUGUGUAAUAGCUGUCACAUAGAAGCACAGAUUCUCAUUUAGAUUAAAAAUGUAAAAGAUUUUUAUGUUUUCUUUGCUUUUUUUAAUAUAAAUUGUUCCAAGAACAUACUUCCUGAAAACGCUGAUGGUUCAAAUGAGUCUCAGGAAGCAGAAAUUGUCAUCGUUGAAUGCCUGUGGAUCAGUAUUUUUAAAUUUAAUACAAAGUCCUGAUGUCUAACUGCCUGUCUGAGCUCCUUUAGCCCCAAAUUUAACCAACUGGAGGAAAUGUGCUUCUUAACCAGGAACUGUAAAAUAAAAAUGUAAC